CAGGGAGAGGUGAGCUAAAGGGGAAUUUAAGGAGGGAGGGGCCAUUUGCAGAAAAGUUGGAAGAAGCUGAUAGGAAAUCCCAGGAGACCAAGGGCGUCAGUGGCUGCAAAAAGGAAGCGCCUUUGUACCGAGUCAGACCAACAAGUCUGAUCCUUGGUCUAAUCCAUCUGUGCUCACCUCGCUGAAGGAAAUGGCUGAAAGGGAGAGGAUAGCCAAUCUGAAAACAGAGGAACAGGAUCCGGCUGGCCCCAGGUUAUGGGAUGGCAUGGAGGAAGCCACAAGCGAAGGACCACCAGUUAAAAAUUUGGUUGGUGGAGCCAAGUUGGUUUUGACAGAGGAAGUGCCGCAGCGGGUUAAGCAGGAACCGAGCGAGGGUGUGCUCCAGCAGUGCUGGGAAGGCCAGUGGCAGGCCUUCCUGAAGGCUGUGCAGUCCCCUCGCUUGGGAGGGAUCAACCUGCAGGUAUCCCGGCCCGCACCGAGGGAAGACAUCAAUGAAUGUCAGGUCACUUCUGAGGGAGUGGCCGAAGCUGGCCAGUGGCCCCGAGGAGAAAGCGGCGCUGAGAUCCUGGACUCCUCCGGAGAACAGGUCAAAGUAGAGGUUCUGGACAAGGACCCUGUUGAUUUGGAGGUGCGACGCCGGCACUUCAGGCAGUUACGCUAUGAGAAAGCCGAGGGCCCCCGAGAAGUAUUGCGCCGACUCUGGGAGCUUUGUCGCCGGUGGUUGAAACCAGAGAAACACACCAAGGAGCAGAUCCUAGAGCUGGUGGUUCUGGAGCAGUUCCUAGCUGUCCUGCCCCAGGGAAUACAGGGCCAAGUCAGGGAGCAGGACCCAGAGACCUGCACCCAGGUGGUGGCCCUUGUGGAGGAUUUCCUGAUGAGGCAGGAAGUCCAAGAUGCCAGGAGCUGGGAUCAGCAGGUGCUGAGGCCUUCUGGAGAAACAGCUGCAAAUUCCUCUGAGGCCAGCCAGGUUCCUCCCAACUUUUGGAAAGGGCAACUCUGCAGAGUGGCUGGUCAGGUAGAGGACAAAACUGCAGACUUAGCAGGUGACAGGCAAGUGUAUGAGGAGGAGGGGAUUGGCCUUCAAAAGGAACAUUCUGAGCAAGUGGAACCAAACGAUGCAACCUUGAGAAGAGAAAAGGGUUUCAGGAAGUACAGGAAGGGAAUAACAAUUGGGAGUCAGCAAGAAGCAGAAAGAGAACCAAAGAGAACUCUAGAGAAAACUGUUCCCUGUCUGGAGGAUAACGAGGAUGGGGAAGAAAACAGGGUCCAGCCUCAUGACAGGCAAACAACCUGUGUGGAUCCCAAAAGAAGCUUCAGGCCCACUCUUAACCAUCAGAGAAUCCCCACGGGAGAGAAACCCUAUAAGUGCUCUUUCUGCGGGAAUAGCUUCACUCGGACGUGGGACCUCCUGGUACACACGAGGAUCCAUACUGGAGAGGCCCCAUAUAAGUGCUCCUACUGUGGGAAAAGCUUCAGCCGCGGUUCACUCUUCAGGGAACACGUGAGAACCCACACGGGUGAGAGGCCCUACAAGUGUUCGCACUGCGGGAAGAGCUUCAACCGGAAACGCUACCUUAUCACUCACGAGAGAAUCCACACGGGGGAGAACCCGCCUCUGUGCCUUUAUUGUGGGAAAAGCUUCUCUCAGAGGGCCAGCCUCAUUGCCCACGAGCGGAUCCACACGGGGGAAAUCCCGUACAAAUGCAGUCACUGCGACAAAAGUUUCUCCCAGAAGUCCAAGCUCGUCAUACAUGAGAGGACCCACACGGGAGAGACUCCCUUCAAGUGCCCUGAGUGUGGGAAAAGCUUCAGCCAAAAGGGGAACCUUAGGACACACAUGAGAAUCCACACCGGAGAGAAGCCUUUCAAAUGCCUGCUUUGCAUGAAAAGCUUCUCUCAGAGGGCCAAACUCCUCGUACAUGAAAAAAUGCAUACCGAAGCGAUCCCCGUAUAAAUGCAGGCGAUUGGUACAACAGAGGGGACUACUUGGGUUUUGUAGGAGAAUUGAGGUUAAGACAAAUUUGUGAGAGGAUAAGCUGCAUGACUCUGAACACCAGUGGUUGGGGAAUGAUUUCGUCGGGGAGUUGUUGUGGC